AUGAAGCCCUUCACUAUCUUCAGUCUUACAUUCCUUUCUUGUCUGGGCCUGGGUCUCAUGUCCGUCGUCGAAGGCAUCGAAUUCUACGGCGGCGAUUUUCGAGGGUUCGAUUUGGCAUUGGGGACCAAACCAGCAGGCCUAAAGACCGUUAAGAUCAAGUACUUCGAGUAUUGGUUCCUCAAUGUGCGCGGCCACCCUCUCGUCCAUUGCCGAGGAAAGAGCGCACCAUACUACAACGAGAAAUUCACCUGCCGCUACAGCGGAUACGAAGAGGUCGGCAUUGAAGUAUUCUUUUGUGGCCCCGGUCGGAGUAACACAGGAGCCAGGUAUUCAGACCAUGUUGUAUACACAGAAGCCCACAAGGAAGGACGGCUUAAGUCGCUGUCAGGAGGACAUCUCCUCGAUCAGGGCCAGAGAUUGUUGCAGUGCGCGAAACAGCGCUCCGACAAGCGCCCGCCGCCAUCUUAA